UUAAUUACCAAUUAUCCAAAUUAUUGAUAAAUUCUUACUCACAAUUCUUUUACAAAUGCAAUAUGAAGAAAUAAUUCAAUUUCCAAACUUAUCCUUACCAUCUUCUUCCAUUUGCAUCUUCCAUUUGCACCAAUACACAACAAUAUUCCAUUCCAUCAACAACCUUCCUCAAAAUCUGAACAACAACACAAUCGUCGAGCAUCGUGAAACUGUACGCAUAAAUUCUCUAAGAUUGAAAAAACUCUACACCCUCUUGCUAUUAUAAUUAAUAAUACACGUUCUAUAUUCAAUAAUACAAGAGAAAGGGUGACAAUGAUUUUUCUUGACUCGGUUCUAAUAUUCCCGUCGAAAAAGAAAAGAAAAAGCGAUGAGAGAGGAAAAAAAUGCGUGCAAAAGAAAAGGGACGAGAAAAAUCGACAGGCUAUCAACAACGCCUAUUAAUUAUUAUCGCGAUAUAUACCCCAUGGAAGUUGGACGUGAGACGGUACACGAGUGACAUCAGUUGAUCAAUCAGCAUGCAAACGGAAAGCCAGUUGGACAUAUCGAUAAACUUGUCGACGUUUUUCUUGAAGAACGUCGGGAUAUGGAUGUCUGAUAAUCCUAAUGAGCAACGCCGGAUAAAAAUGUUAUUCUUAUACACGAUCUGGAAUUUACUGUUUGGUACAGUCGUCAAUAGCAGAGAUUUGUAUUUCACGUUGCUGUACGACGGCGAUAUUCUUUAUGUAACGACGAAUAACAUAACUAUGAUAAUGGGUAUGGUCAAAAUAUGCAUCAUAUUAAUAUAUAAGAAAAAGUUUUUAAAUCUAAUCGUGUACAUGCAACAAAAUUUUUGGAACGUUAACUACGAUCAUCGUGAGAAACAAAUUUUGGAUGACUGCAGAAAAACUUGCAUAUUUUUCGUCUCUUGUGUUACCAUCAUGGCUAUAUGCGCUAUGAUAUGUUAUAUAAUGAUACCAUUCAUUGCACAAAGUGGAAGCAAUGAAUCCGAAAGAAUGCUUCCGUUCAAUAUGUGGAUAAAUUUACCGAUAUCCAGGACACCUUAUUACCAAAUUACAUUUUUAAUACAAGCAACGUGCGUGUAUUACGUUGGAAUCUCUUAUUUUUGUUUCGACAAUAUUUUCUGCAUCAUGGCCGUGCAUUUGGCCGGCCAAUUUCGCAUACUUCGAUACAGGUUCACGAAACUAUGCGACAUGGAGUAUGGGAUAAAGGAGAAUUCACAAUCGAUAUUGUCAAAACAGAUGCACAAAUUUUACGAGAAAUUUAGGAAAUGCGUCCAACAUCAUCAGGCAUUGAUCGAUUUCUACCAAAACCUCGAGAACGUGUACACCAUGAUCACGUUUGGACAAGUGUUGGUAUUCAGUGUAUUAAUUUGCCUGUUCGGGUAUCAAGUGUUGGUGGCUACUAUUUCUUUUGCGAGACGUUUCAUUUUCGUCUUUAUGUUAAAUGGCUCGAUGUUUUUGUUGUUUAUGGUCACUUAUAGCUGCAACGGUGUGAUAGAGCACAGCGACAACGUAGCUGUAGGAGCUUACUCGGCACUGUGGACGAUUAUGCCGAUGGACAAGUUUGGGAAAAUACUUCGAAAGGAUCUGAUUAUUGUGAUUAGGCGAUCCAGACGAGUUUGUUGUCUGACCGCGAAUGGAUUUUUCCCUGUAUCGUUGGAAACGUAUACUAAAAUUUUGAGUACAGCAUUAUCGUAUUUCACAUUACUGAGUAAUCGCAUAGAAAAUAGAUCAGUCAUCAUGCAAACGGAAAGCCAGGUGGAUAUAUCGAUGAACUUGUCGACAUUUUUCUUGAAGAAUGUCGGAGUAUGGAUAUCUGAUAAUCCUAGUGAACAACGUUGGAGGAAUAUGUUGCUCGGCUAUACAACUUGGAUUUUACUGUCUGGUAUAAUCAUUAAUGGCAGAGAUUUGUAUUUCACAUUGUUGUACAACGGCGAUAUUCUUUACGCCACGACGAAUAACAUAACUAUGAUAAUGGGUUUGGUCAAAAUAUGCAUCAUAUUAAUGUAUAAGAAAAAGUUUUUAAAUCUAAUCGUGUACAUGCAACAAAAUUUUUGGAAUCUUAACUAUGAUCAUUGUGAGAAAAGAAUUUUAGAUGAUUGCAGAAAAACUUGCACUUUUUUCGUCUCUUCUGUUACCAGCAUGGCUAUAUGCGCCAUGAUAUGUUAUCUAAUGAUACCAUUCAUUGUACAAAGUGGAAAAAAUGAAUCAGAGAGAAUGCUCCCGUUCAAUAUGUGGAUAAAUUUGCCAGUAUCGAGGACGCCUUAUUACGAAAUAAUAUUUUUUAUACAAGCAAUGUGUGUGUAUUACGUUGGAAUCUCUACUUUUUGUUUCGACAAUAUUUUCUGCAUCAUGGCCGUGCAUUUGGCCGGCCAAUUUCGCAUACUUCGAUACAGGUUUACGAAACUAUGUGACGUAGAAUAUGAAAAUUCGCAAUCGAUAUUGUCAAAACAGAUGCAGAAAUUUUACGAGAAAUUUAAAAAAUGCGUUCAACAUCAUCAAACCCUAAUCGACUUCUAUCAAAAUCUUGAGAACGUGUACACCACGAUUACGCUUGAGCAAGUGUUGGUGUUCAGUGUACUAAUUUGUCUGUUCGGAUAUCAAGUGUUAGUGGCUACCGCUUCUUUUGCCAGACGCUUCAUUUUUGUCUUUCUGUUAAACGGCUCGAUAUUUUUAUUAUUUAUGGUCACGUACAGCUGCAACGGUGUGAUAGAGCACAGUGACAACGUUGCCAUAGGAGCUUAUUCGGCACUGUGGACGAUUAUGCCGAUGGAUAAAUUUGGGAAAAUAUUUCGAAAGGAUCUGAUGAUUGUAAUUAGACGAUCCAGACGAGUUUGUUGUCUGACCGCGAAUGGAUUUUUCCCUGUAUCGUUGGAAACGUAUACUAAAAUUUUAAGUACAGCAUUAUCGUAUUUCACAUUACUGAGUAAUCGCGUAGAAAAUGCAAAUAGCUCAUAAGUUUCCAACAAAUUCAUUAACUAUUCUUCAAAUUAUUUUAUUAAUCCAAAUUAGUAAAAAUAUUAAUUUUGGAUUAAAUAUUUACAUAUUGAGGACUA